UACGUGAUAAAUACGCCCUCACCUCACCCACCAUCUUCAGAGCCAGAGCUUUCAAGUUUCAAGUAUGUUGCCAGCCAUGGAGGAGCCCCUUGUUGGGGGCAGAAGCGACACCGAGGAGACAGGAGGGCCAAAGGAGAGCUUGGUGGUGACUGAGGUUAAGAAGCAGCUCUACCUCGCCGGGCCCCUCAUCGCCGGAUGCCUGCUGCAGAACGUCGUGCAGAUGAUAUCGGUCAUGUUUGUCGGCCAUCUCGGCGAGCUCGCCCUCUCGAGUGCCUCCAUCGCCACCUCCUUUGCGAAUGUCACCGGCUUCAGCUUGAUGGCUGGCAUGGCGAGCAGCUUGGACACACUGUGUGGUCAAGCCUUCGGGGCAAAACGGUACCAUCAGCUCGGCAUCUACAAGCAGAGGGCGAUCCUCGUGCUCACUCUGGUGAGUGUUGUGGUUGCAGUGCUCUGGGCGUACACCGGGCAGAUCCUCCUGCUCUUCGGCCAGGACCCAGAGAUUGCCAUGGGGGCAGGGAGCUACAUCCGGUGGAUGAUUCCGGCACUGUUCGCUUACGGACUGCUGCAGUGCCACGUCCGAUUCCUCCAGACACAAAGCAUCGUACUCCCGGUGAUGGCGAGCGCAGGCGUGACGGCGCUGAGCCACGUGCUUGUGUGCUGGUUGCUGGUGUACAAGCUUGGGCUGGGCAACAAGGGCGCUGCCCUGGCCAAUGCUGUCUCGUACCUGGCCAAUGUGUCAAUCUUGGCUCUCUACAUCAGGGUCUCUCCAUCCUGCAAGAGAACCUGGACAGGGCUCUCAAAGGAGGCGUUUCACGACAUCGUCAGCUUCAUGAAGCUUGCCCUGCCAUCUGCACUGAUGGUUUGCUUAGAGUGGUGGUCGUUUGAGCUGCUGGUACUUCUCUCCGGACUUCUCGCAAAUCCUAAGCUCGAGGCAUCGGUGUUGUCCAUUUGCUUAAACACGGCUUCAUUAACAUUCAUGAUCCCCUUCGGGCUUGGGGCAGCCAUAAGCACCCGUGUUUCAAACGAGCUUGGUGCUGGGCGACCUGAAGCUGCCCGUCUGGCUACUCGUGUGACCAUGGUUCUGGGUCUCAUGACAGGUGUGACGUUAGGACUUAUUAUGAUCUCGGUGCGCAAUCUAUGGGGGUAUGCAUACAGCAAUGAGAAGGAGGUGGUGGAGUACAUUUCAAGAAUGAUGCCGCUUCUUUCCGUGUCGAUCAUUUUCGACGAUAUGCAAUGUGUUCUUUCAGGUGUCGUUAGGGGCUGUGGCCUGCAAAGGAUUGGAGCUUGUGUCAAUCUCAGUGCAUACUACCUUGUCGGCAUCCCAGCGGCGCUAUGCUUUGCCUUUGUCUUCCAUCUUGGCGGAAUGGGGCUGUGGUUUGGAAUAAUCUGCGGAUUAAUCGUGCAGAUGCUGCUGCUGCUGGCCAUCACCAUGCGGACCAACUGGGACAAAGAGGCUCUCAAGGCAAAGGACAGAGUUUUCAAUUCGUCGCUACCUCUAGACAUGACAUCAUGAACAUGGAACAAGAUGCACAAUUGCUCUUGGCCAGGACCAGGGCGCUGACUGGGCAAAGGAGGCAAGGAACUCGUGAAGAAUUAAUUGGUCAUCACUUAGUCUCCAUGUCACCAGCAUGGCGCUUUCUUGAAGGAAAUGUCACCCGACGAAUGGUCUGUUUUGGUGAUUUUUGUCCAACACAUGAGAUAGAAAUAGAAUGGAUGUUCUCACAGGCAAAGGCAUGGCACUCAGUCGAUACGGUAUAAGGGAAUAAAUCAAUGAAGAAAAAAUGUGGUGUUUACUAGAAAAUAUGCAGUAUGGAUGCAACAUUUUCCCUUUGAGAAUUUAGUAGAGUAGAUUAUUAUUUUCUUGGUAA